CUCGGCAGCGCCACAACGUGGCCCUUGAAGCGCUACGGCCGCUUCCUGCCCACGACGGACCGCGAGGAUGAAGGGCAAAACGCCUCCUCUUGGAAGGUUUUUGAAUCAAAUGAAGAAUCAGGCCAUCUUAUCCUUACCGUGGUUGUAUCUGGCCAUUUCUUUGUUUCCCAAGGGCGAACGGUCCUGGAAGGUUUCUCAUUGAUCGAUUCCCACAAGUGGCUAAAGAUAGUCAGGAAAGCAGACUGCCUGCUCCUUCAUGCGCAAGCCAAGCACAAUCAGUGCCGCAUGUUUCGUGUUCAGUUUGGUGGUGAUUCACAGGAAGAGAUGCUGGAAAACUGCUGGAGUUGUGUUCAGAAACUCACAGAGUAUGUGUCAGUGCGAGGAACCGAGGAGCAAAGUCAGCAGCUCUACCCCAGCCUCAGUCAGCUGGCCUACGGUGACAGCCAAGUGAGGAACAGUGAACUAUAUGCACCACUACUACAGGUACCAGAUGAGCCUCUCCCAGAUUCCUGUGCAAGCCUUGGAGAAAGAAGAUCUGUACCACAGCUUGCCCAGAGUGUGCUGAACAAGAAGCUUGAGCUGCCCCCUUCACCCCAGCACCCGGCGUGGGGCACCCAGGAGCUGGGGCCCUUCAUCCGCUUCUGCCUCCUGGAUCAGCAUUUCCCAGCUUUUGUGCAAGCCGUGGAGAAGGAACUACAAAAGCUUACAGAAGGUUGA